AUGAAAUAUGCGCUAUUUGAAUUUGUAAAUGAGAAGGCAUGUGAGAUUGGCGAAACGCAAUGGAUUACUCGGGAAGAUCCAGAAACUUUCCAAAAUAUCAACUGGGAUGUUGAGAAGGAAAUAAUAGUGGCAUGGCCAACGGAAUUUUCCAAAGUGUCCAAAAAGAUUGUAAAGGGGUCUAUUGAUCCAUUAAAGGUAUCGACAACAACUUGUGUGGCUAGAGUGCUGAAAUUUAGUGGUAAGUCAAAGUUAUUUGUGUUUAAAUAUACUCUCAAAUCGAAGUGUUGAUAAAUUUUCAUAUUGUUAGCACAGGCUAAAGUUGAUUUAGUUGCAUUAGUUUAAAUUAUCAAUCAUAUAAGUUUAGUAGCAAUAUAUCAAUCACAAUCAUGAUGUGUACUAAAGUGUUUCUAAUUCAGGCAUAAAAUGCUAUAAGCAAUACUCGUUUAAAAGCUUUAUACACAAACCUGAAUACUAGUUGCACAUUACAUCCCAUGCUGGUCUGAUUGGCUAGUUCUGUAAUGUAGUAAGAGUUCUACAAAGUUGAUUUUGUAGUUGUAAACAAAGUUGAUAUUGUAGUUCUAAACAAAUGUGAAAAGCUAUAAUAAUCCAUUAACUAGCAGUUCUCUUCCACUGACCAGUAAAAUCAUCUGGGUCUAACCGGAUAGAUACUGAGGUGGGAGCAUUUGGGCACACUGCAGUCAGUGGGUUAAAAGGAUCAAGUUACUCUAUCACCACCCCCUAUGCAUUGGUGGCAUAUAUUCAAACACCCAUUUGAAUAUCCGCUACCCCCCAACGAUACGACAUAUGACAUAAAAAAGCAAAAACGUCUGAAAUAUUGAGAUUAUGUUUUCGUAGACAAUACAGAAUGGAUCAUUUUAAUCUUUCAACUUUAACUGUACCAAAAGACAUGUGCUCUCAGAGUCUGUUGAACAAACGUCAGUGGUGUUUGUAACAGUUGAUGUUGGAAUUUUUUGUCUUUUCAUCAUGCAAUUUUCUUAGAAUGUCAUGAAGUACGAAUGCACGCUAUUAUAUUUCUCAAUAAAUUAGGAUAGGAAAGAAAAAACAGCAAAUACGUAUGUUUUCAUUAUCAUAUAUAUUUAAAGUGGAAGUCAAGUCUGUUCUGCACAUCGGUUCUGCUCAUAACAAAAGAGGGCCCUCAGAUUUAAAAAUUGUCGAUAUUCCGCAUUCUUUGGACUUUUUCCGAAUUGAAACUCUGGUUUAUAUUCAUUUCAGAGCACAUAGCAAACCAGAGAACAGUGUUAGAUUUUCAGUUAGUAUCAUAUUUUACAAAUUUCGCAGUUCAAAAUGUAAACGAAGCACUUGUUUACAUUACGGACUUGACCUCCACUUUAAAUUUGUUAUGAAGGGGAGGCGUAUAUUUAUAUUCAAAUGAAAAAUUUUGUUAUGCAGGGGAGGCGUAUAUUCAAAUGAAAAAUUUUGUUAUUUGAAUAUACCUCACCAAUGCAUAGGGAAUGGCAAUAGAGUAAACUGAAUGGUUAAAACACCAUAUUUUGCUAAAACUUCAUUGACAGUAGAUCUGAAAUGAUGCAUUUGUUGUCUAUAUAGUUAUGUACUUAAGCACAGUUAGGUAUUUUCUACAAAGAUUAAUAGAACUAUGUCAAUAUUUUUGUCCAGUUAAUUUUGAUGGGGCAUUCUGUGCCCCAGAUCAUAGCACACUUAAAAUAUUGAACUGCUAACAUGGAUUGUGUGAGGAAUGCCCUGGUUAAACUGAAUAUGAAAUGUUUAGCAAAUGUGUUUCAAGGUGUUCGUUGACGUUACUAGACUAAAUCAUUUGAAAAACAAGCCCACAACUUAUUGUAAUGUAUUUAGAUGACUAUGAAAGUAUUAGACAACACAUGACAAGAUACAUAGAAACUGGAUCAAUAGCAACCCCAAGUCAUGGUAGAGGUCAACGAACUUCUCAAAAGACCAGCAGAUAUGAUGACUCUAAUGAAGAAUCAGAGCAAGAAAGGGUAAAUUUUAAAAGAUUAAGUCUAUUAAAGUGAGAAAAAGCCUUGCCUUUAUACUUGAAAUCAAAACUUGUUUUGCAAAAAUGUACAUUGGUUGUUCUUAACCCUUUCUACAGCCUAUGGUGUAUGUGCUCACAAACAUGUUCAGUGGCAGACACUUUGCAAAAUGUUUGGGGGAGGGAGGGAGGCAAUGUUUCAACAUGCACGCCUUUGGUGUUCUUUAAGAUAUGAGAAUCUUUUGAAUAUAAUGCUUGGUAUAUCAAAUUCAUUGUUUAAUUACUGUAAUGUGACAAUAACUUUAUAUGCUUAAAUACUGGUGUGUUUCCUUGUUCCACUUGCUCCUAAACAAUGCAUUGAAUUGUGAUAUUUGGUACCAUAUUUUACAGGUCUAUCAAAUCUAUGUUGUAUGAUAAAUUCUGUAAGUGUUUUACUGUAUAUUUGCCCAAAGACUCAUAACACCAAAAUUACCUUUAUAGUCACCUAAACGACAAAAAAGGCAGCAACACUCUCGCAAUGAUUCAACAAGCGAUGCAGCAAUUCAAGCCUUAAAAGCCAAAUAUAACUUUCACAAUAACAAAGUAAGUAUUAGGAACCUUAAGCUUUUUUAUUUAUUUUUUUAUGAGAAAAUUCUAAUGUUUUUUUACAAUUUAUUUAAAAUUUAUUACUAUUUACUUGGUAGAUAAGUUUUCGCCCUUCCAAGGUGUUCUAGGAAGGAUGCCAUUGGAAGCAAUUUCCAUAUCAAGUCACCAAUUUCCAUAUCAAGUCACCCACCAAAUUCUGUUCCUGCUCUAGCUAGAUCAAGCUGUAUCCAUCCCUGGAUGUUUAUAUCAGGUUACUAAAGCUACAUUUUCCUCUAGGUUUUAUGUGCAAGUCAAAGUCAGUCUGCUGAAACUGAAGAUGUAAGUCUACUUACUAUACAGUGCAUUCAUGGAUUUGUACAAGGUUUAACCCAUGAAUAUUUCCUCACAUGAAUUAAAAAAUGGUCAGAAUUACUUUGAGAGGUGGAAAGUCAAUGUCGACUUCCUUCAAGGAUUAUUAUAACAAUGUACGGUAUACAGUCAGUGUUAAUUUAUUUUUUCCCUUUCAUGUGUAUGUAAAGAACAAUACCACCAAUGAUGAUCAGAUUAAAGAAUUAAAGAAAGAAAACCAUGACCUUCAACAAGAAAUCAAGAAGACAAAGAAAUUGCACAUUUGCAUGGCAUUAUUGACAACCUCAAAGGUAUUGUUUUUUUUCCUAAUUUUGUUGCCCAUGAUACUGCCCAAUUUUGCAUUUUUUCUAUUGAAUGAAGCUAUGUUCUGCAAAUUAACAAUUUCAAUCUUUUUGAAACUUGCUCUUUCAGCAAUUCCAUCUCUACCGGGUAUUGUUACUGAUUUAAGAAAACAAGUUGAAAAACUCAAAGAUGGAAACAGCAGCAGUAUUAGCAGUAGCAGUGGCUCCUUACACAAUUCACCAUUGUCAGCAGGCACAUUGUCUAGAAGUCCCUCUUUAAAAGAGUCAGCAAAUUCAGAUGACGAAUCUGACGUAGUAAGUAAAUCAUUCUGUUUUUUUUUUUAAUUCCUCCCAGUAGCAAACAGUAUUGCUAUAUGGCACUUUUUGUUGCGUACCAUUGCUGCCCAGAUAUUUCUAUGGUCUUUUAUGUUGGUAGUGCCAGAGAAUCUUGCUCUAAUGCCAGCUAGUUGAUUUUCAUUGUAAGUGGUAG